UACCGAGCAUCUCCGACAUGGAGGAAGACUGUUUUUCAGCUCAGGCACACUGCUCGGGAUGGCUGUGCACAGCCAUCCCGAGCAGUGUGCUUACAGUGAAGCACCAACACUCCCUACAUAUAGUUAACCCUUUGAUCACCUCUCCUGUUAACCCCUACCUGCCCAGUGCCAUUAGUACAGUGUCAGUGCUUUUUUUUUUUUAGCACUGAUCACUGUAUUGGUGUCACUGGGGAUGUCAGUGACACAAAGUUAGUUCCCCUCCCAGUGUCACAAUGCCCGCCGCAGUCCUGCUAAAAGUCACCGAUAGCCACCAUUACUAGUAGAAAAAAAUUCCAGUAUCUAUACCACCAUUUGUAGACGCUAUAACUUUCACGUAAACCAAUUAAUUUA